AUGGCGGUUCGCUUGUGGGCCGCCUCCCCGCGCACGCUAAUCGCCACGGCACGCCGGCUCCGGCCCGAGCUCGUGCCACGCCACGCCGUGGCAGCUGCGUACAGCGCUGUCGCGGACGUCUGCGUCCAGAGGCUGGGCGCCACUGCUGCAGAGGCGGAGAAGGCGGAGGCGAGGCUGCUCAACGAGCCAGCUAGAUGGAGGGCGGAGCGGAUGUGCGACGCGCUGGAGGCGAGGCUGGGCUUGAACGAGGCGGAGCUCAAGAAGGUGGUGCUGAGGCUGCCUUCGGUGCUGGGCUUGAGUGUCGACGAUACCGUGUUACCAAAGCUCGCUGCGUUGCAGGAGCGGCUGGACCUGAGCGAGGCGGAGCUGAAGAAGCUGGUGCUGAGUCUGCCUGCGGUGCUGGGCUACAGCAUUGUGGCGAACGUACUUCCAUCCCUGGCGGCACUGCAGUCAAGACUGAGCCUGAGCGAGGUGGAGCUGAAGAAGCUGGUGCUGAGGCGGCCUUCGGUGCUUGGCUACAGCGUCGAGGCGAACCUGCUGCCGUCGCUGUCAACGCUGCAGUCGAGGCUGGGUCUGAGUGAGGCGGAGCUGAAGAAGGUGGUUCUGAGUCUGCCUGCGGUGCUGGGCUACAGCAUUGUGGCGAACGUGCUGCCGUCGCUGUCGGCGCUGCAGUCGCGACUGGGCUUGAGCGAGCUGGAGCUGAAGAAGGUGGUGCUGGGGCGGCCUCAGGUGCUGAGCUACAGCACCGAGGCGAAUGUGCUUCCAUCGCUGUCGGCGCUGCAGUCACGGCUUCAGCUGAGCGAGGCGGAGCUCAAGAAGGUGGUGCUGCAGCUGCCUUCGGUGCUGGGCUACAGCAUCGAGGAGAACGUGCUGCCGUCGCUGUCGGCGCUGCAGUCGCGGCUUCAGCUGAGCGAGGCGGAGCUCAAGAAGGUGGUGCUGCAGCUGCCUUCGGUGCUGGGCUACAGCAUCGAGGAGAACGUGCUGCCGUCGCUGUCGGCGCUGCAGUCGCGACUGGGCUUGAGCGAGGCGGAGCUGAAGAAGGUUGUGCUGAGGCUGCCUCCGGUGCUGGGCUACAGCAUCGAGGCGAACCUGCUGCCAAAGAUCGACUGGCUUCAGUGCGAGACCAACCUGUCCGACGACGAGCUGAGACACAAGCUCGUGACGCAGUCGGUGAUGCUGGGCUAUAGCUUGAGUGACCGACUGCAGCCGCGGGCGGCGCUGUGCGACGAGCUUGGCGUCUCGCGGUCACUUCUGUGGACCUACUCCUCGCGCACGCCUGAGGCGUUCCGCGAGGCGUGUGAGAAGGCGGCGCGAAGGAGCGCAGGGGUUUAG